UAAUAUAAAGAGUGAUGUUGUAUUUUGUGUUCUGCGUUCUGGAUUGGUUGUCUCCUCCCAGCCCUGAGCGGGAGGGCGGGCCCUCUAGCGGGGCGGGGGAGGGGGGGGCCAGGGAGGGCGGGAGGCGGCUCCGCGACAGGAAGUCCCACCCCGGAAGUCGGCUGGCCAUGGCGGCGCCUUGGAGGCGGUGGCCCACGGGGCUGCUAACUGUGCUGCGACCCCUGCCCACGCGCCGGCCCCUGCAAGGCGCGACGCUGCAACGGGAUGUGUUGCUCUUUGAGCAUGAUCGGGGCCGCUUCUUCACCAUCCUCGGGCUGUUCUGCGCUGGCCAGGGCGUCUUCUGGGCCUCCCUGGCUGUGGUAGCCGUGUCCCGGCACCCGGUCCGGGUGAAGCCUCUGGAUGCGGAGGUCCCAAACCGUGGCCCCUUCGACCUGCGCUCCGCGCUCUGGCGCUAUGGUCUGGCCGUCGGCUGCGGCGCCAUCGGAGCCCUCGUACUCGGUGCUGGUCUUCUCUUCUCUCUCCGGUCUGUGCGCUCAGUGGUGCUUCGAGCUGGAGGGCAGCAGGUGACCCUCACCACUCAUGCCCCUUUUGGCUUGUGGGCCCAUUUCACAGUUCCUUUGAAGCAGGUAUCUUGCAUGGCCCACCGAGAUGAAGUCCCUGCCAUGCUACCUCUGAAAGUCAAAGGCCGACGCUUCUAUUUCCUCUUGGACAAAGCUGGACACUUCCCUAACACAAAACUCUUUGACAAUACUGUGGGUGCCUACCGGAGCUUGUGAAGAAACAACCUCAAGUCACUCACCUCUCCAACAGGGGGAUAAAAGCUGAACCUUGGGGAGCCAGGUGUGUUGGUUCACACCUGUUGUAAUCCCAGCACUUUGGGAGGGUAAGGCAGGAGGACUGCUGGAGCCCAGGAGUUUGAGACCAGCCUGGGCAACAUAGCGAGACCUUGUCUGUAUUUACAAAAAAAAAAAAAAAGCCAAUCUUAGAAUGGAGUAACAAUCAGGUCACACAAGGAGGUUAAGAUUCAUUAACAACAAAUAAAGGAGCAGUCAUCCCUAGGGCAGCUGCGUAACAGUA